AUGGGUCCAUCGUAUUCUUCAUCAGCAAAAAGUUUACCGUAUACUGGGACUGUAUCAAAUAUAUACCGUGAUCAUGGGGUUAUAGACAAUGAAAUCUCAUUUAAAUUAAAUGCAAUUAGUGGUCCAGUGCCACGUGUUGGAGAUCGUGUUGUCUGUCAGAUGAAACAUGCUGAAGGCUAUGAUACACACAGUACACACAAGUAUAUUGGUUACGAUGUGAGAUCGGUGGAUAAUCGACGACCAGGUCGAACAACUGCUUCUGUUCGAACACAAGAACCAUAUACUAGUCGGCAAGCUCCACGUAAUAGUUCCGGUUCAGCAUCAAUAAACUCUAAACGUACAUUGAAUAGUAACAGUAAUAAUAAUGUUGUCGAACCAUAUGGUAGUCGUGAACGAUAUAACAAUACAUCAUCAUCAUCAUAUACUGACAGUGGACGACAAACAACAUAUCGUAGUGGUCAUAUAGUUAGCCCCUCUGUUUCCUCCUCGCGACGUAGUAGAUCUCGUACAGGAAAAGCAGCCACACCAAAACGUCGCCCACAACCUAAAUAUAGUGUAUUAUUACCAAAAGGAUCACUGGAUUGCUCCAAACUAAAUGUUAUUCAGUUACGUUCACGAUACAGUCGUUUACAUAUUCCAAGUGAUUUCUUUCACGCGUCUUAUACAUGGCAUGAGUCAAUGCCACUUGAUCGUCCAUUAAAAUUUAAUGUACCAUGUACAUUUCAUAUAUUUAAUAAAAAUGUUCCACGUGUAAUCAAGGAUACGGCCGUAUUAGAUCCACAAGAUGCCGAUUACACAUGGAAUGUUAGAGUAAUGCUUAUGUCGUCACCUGAUAUCCAAAAUUUAAUUGCACGUGCUUGCUUAGUCAAUGAUAGUUCUUCAUCAUCUAAAACAUUGAAUCCAGAUGAUUUAGAACAUCCAAGUAAAUUAAUUAAAUUUUUAGUCGGCGUUCGACAUCAAAAUGAAUAUUUUCCACUUGGUGGCGCUUGGUCGGAAACACUGGACGGACAAAAUCCAGAUAACGAUCCGCAAGUUUUAAUUCGGACAGCAAUUCGUACCGUUCAAGCACAAACAGGCAUUGAUUUAAGCAAAUGCAUUCAAUGGUGCCGAUAUCUGGAAAUAUUGUAUCAUCGUCCAGAAGAAAUACACAAAGGUCGCCUUGUUGGAAGUCGAGUUGAGCAUGUCAUUGUAUUUUUGCCUGAUCUAUCGACAACAUGUAUGCCAAAUAGCAUGGAAUGGGAAGAAACGUCAAAAUUAUACAAACAAAUUUGUGAUGAAACAAUCAGUGAAGAACUCAGUGAAGAUACAACACCUGACGAAGAACUUCAAUCACGAACAGCUACGCAUCAUUCAAAAGUGGAUUUAUAUAAUAUGAGAGUUGUUGAUCUUAAAGCUGAAUUGAAAGCGCGUGAUCAACCCAUAACAGGUUUAAAAGCUGAUUUACUCAAACGUUUAAACAAAAUUCUUCAACAAGAAAAAACUGAUGACAAAAAAGAUGAAACUAUAGCAAAAGAAGGGGAAAAGGGAAUAACACCGUCUUCAUCACCUGAUAACAAAAAAGAAGAACAACAUCGCUCAACAAAAUCUGAAAAAGAUCAACAAGUGGAUGUUGAAAAAUUACGUAAAGAAAUUGAAUCAAAUUAUCAAUUACCUCCACAGCGUUCAAUAUUGGUUCAUCCAACAACGGCUAAAGGCGAUAAAUUUGAUUGUCGUGUCGUAUCAUUACAUUAUUUAUUAAACUAUGCGAACCAUGAUACAAUCAAAGAAAAAUGUUUUGAAUUAUAUCUGUUUUCUGAAUGUUUUUUUGAAAUGUUAAUGCGUGAUCAUAGUUAUCAGAUUUAUCGUUCAUUAUACAAUUGUCUUGAAGUUAAAGAAGUUGCUUCUGUAUCUUCUACUGCAAAUGAUACGACAACAGGUAAACAAGAAGAAAUAAUAACUGAUGAAACAGUCGAAGAACACCAACAAAACAGAACAAUGGAAACUGAAAAUGGACAAAACGAAGAGAUAAUAACACCUAACGAGGAGGAAAAUGCAACAAAUGACGAAAUAGAGACAAAUAUAACAAACGAACCAACCGCUGAACCAGAAAAGGAAGAAGAGCACGCCCAUCAAGAUCAAGAACAACAACAAGAGGAACAACAAGUCGAAGAAGAUGACGAAUUGGUUCAAAUAGCAGAAUCAGGUCGAAAACGAAAACGUUCAAAAAGCAAGGAUACACGUUCGGAUACAAAACAUUCAGCGAAUAAUACAUCGGGUAAACGUGAUAAUACACGCUCAAGUCGUAGUCGUAGUCGAACAAAACGUGGUAAUGAUGAAUCCAAACAAAAUGUUGUUACACGUCAACAAACUGUUAAACUUGAAUUAUUAUUAUCAUAUACAUUUUUUGAUCGUAAUCGAUGCGGUUAUCUAGGUGAAAAAGAUGUUGAAGAGAUAUUACUGUUGUCCGGUUUAUCGUUAACAAAAAACGAGGUCAAAAUGUUGAUUAGUCGUGUUGCUAAAGACGAAAAGAUACAAUACAGACGUUUAACUGAUAGAACAAUUACUGUAACAAAAGAGGAAAGUGAAACAACGAUUAACGAACAAGAUGAAAGUUAUAUUGAUUCAUCAGCACCCAAAGGCAAUUUGUUGUUAUUACCACAAAAAUCAGCUAUGUCUAAUGUGCGCCCAACAUUGAUCAAGAAUGAACAAACUAUUGAAGGCAGUGAAGAAGACCAUAUCCAUUUAGUUGACAUUGACCGUGCAUUAAAACAAUUAGAAAAAGCUAGUAAAACACAAACAGCGCUCGAAACAAGUAUUGAUGUGUUGAAGAAAGAGAUACAGACAUUGACAAGUGACUUGAAUUCAUCUCAAAAAAAUAAUCAUCAUUAUAGCGACCAAUUAGUCGAUACCAAAAAACGUCUACGUGAUACACAACGUGAUUUAAAAGAUAUAGAAGAAAAACAUAAACGUUACUCGGAUGCCAUUUACCAUUUGAGAAAUGAAGCACGUUCAUCAUUCGAUUAUGCCAGUCAAAUAUUAGGCAAAGAUAAACGCCAUGAUAAUUCCAGUAAAAGACAAGAUGAUCAUUAUCAAGUAUCAUCGAAUAAACAUGAUGAUUCAUCAUUAUCAAAAAAUGAUCAAAAUAAAAAGCAAGAAAAACAGCAGCAAGACGAAGAAUUUGAUACGAAUGAUAAUGCGGAAGUGAUUAUUAUUGGCGAAGAGGAUCAAGAACAACAGCAGCAUUUAUCACAGGAAGCAGAGGUUAAUGGUGAUGAGCAACUGGAAGAACAAAAUGACCAACAGCACCAGCAAGAACCACAAUCCGAAGAUCAAGAGGAAGAACCACAAGGUGCUAACGAAGAAGAAACUGAAUAA